AUGUAUAUGUAUCCCAGCCCUCAGACCAUGUAUAUGUGUCCCAGCCCUCAGACCAUGUAUAUGUGUCCCAGCCCUCAGACCAUGUAUAUUUGUCCCAGCCCUCAGACCACGUAUAUGUGUCCCAGCCCUCAGACCAUGUAUAUGUGUCCCAGCCCUCAGACCAUGUAUAUGUCUCCCAGCCCUCAGACCAUGUAUAUGUGUCCCAGCUCUCAGACCAUGUAUAUGUGUCCCAGCCCUCAGACCAUGUAUAUGUGUCCCAGCCCUCAGACCAUGUAUAUUUGUCCCAGCCCUCAGACCAUGUAUAUGUGUCCCAGCCCUCAGACCAUGUAUAUGUGUCCCAGCCCUCAGACCAUGUAUAUGUCUCCCAGCCAUCAGACCAUGUAUAUGUAUCCCAGCCCUCAGACCAUGUAUAUGUGUCCCAGCCCUCAGACCAUGUAUAUGUGUCCCAGCCCUCAGACCAUGUAUAUGUAUCCCAGCCCUCAGACCAUGUAUAUGUGUCCCAGCCCUCAGACCAUGUAUAUGUGUCCCAGCCCUCAGACCAUGUAUAUUUGUCCCAGCCCUCAGACCAUGUAUAUGUAUCCCAGCCCUCAGACCAUGUAUAUGUGUCCCAGCCCUCAGACCAUGUAUAUGUGUCCCAGCCCUCAGACCAUGUAUAUGUGUCCCAGCCCUCAGACCAUGUAUAUGUGUCCCAGCCCUCAGACCAUGUAUAUGUGUCCCAGCCCUCAGACCACGUAUAUGUGUCCCAGCCCUCAGACCAUGUAUAUGUGUCCCAGCCCUCAGACCAUGUAUAUGUGUCCCAGCCCUCAGACCAUGUAUAUGUGUCCCAGCCCUCAGACCAUGUAUAUGUGUCCCAGCCCUCAGACCAUGACUGUGAUAAAGGGUCUACCAUCAACAAGAAGUUAA